AUGUCCAGCGGAGAGCAGUCACGGUCCUGGGCGCUGGCCAAGCCUGCUUUCACUGAGGCACAAGCAUCUGCUUUGCUGGAAUCCGUCUUUGGGCUCAGAGUGACUAAGAUCCGGCCUCUGCCCAGCUACGACGACCAGAACUUCUAUGUGGAUGCUUCGGGGGCAGAGGAGACAUCCGAUGGCCCUGCCCAGUACGUCCUGAAGAUCAGCAACGCAGAGGCCAGCAAAAACCCGGACCUGAUCGAGGUGCAAACUCAGAUCAUCACGUUCCUGAAGGCCGCAGGCUUUCCCACUGCCUCCGUGUGCCGCAGCAAGACAGGGAGCACCACCUCCACAGUGGACGUGGACAGCGGUUCCAGCACCAGCAGCUACGUGGUGCGGCUGCUCACCUACCUUCCCGGCAGACCCGUCGCUGAGCUGCCAGUCAGCUCCCAGCUGCUCUACGACAUCGGGAGGCUGGCGGCCAGACUGGACAAGACGCUGGAGGAAUUCCGUCACCCCAAGUUGAGCUGCCUCCAUCGGGAGGGCUUCAUCUGGAAUCUGAAGAAUGUACCACUGCUGGACCAGUAUGUGGGAGCCUUAGGCCAGAAUCACAGCCGACAGACAGUGAAGCGGGUCAUCCAGCUGUUCAAACAGCAGGUAGCAGGCAAGCUGAAUCACUUCCGGGAAUGUAUCAAUCAUGGAGAUUUUAAUGACCAUAAUAUUUUGGUACAAUCCAGCCAGUCAGCUUCUGGAGAUAAUGUGGACCAAGUAUCUGGGAUUUUGGAUUUUGAUGAUAUGAGCUAUGGUUACUACGUGUUUGAAGUGGCCAUCACCAUCAUGUACAUGAUGAUUGAGAGCAAGGAUCCCAUGCACGUUGGGGGUCAUGUCCUGGCAGGGUUUGAAAGUGUCAUCCCAUUGACGGCCGUGGAGAGGAGUGCCUUGUUCCUGCUUGUGUGUGCUCGGUUCUGCCAGUCGCUGGUCAUGGCUGCGUACUCUUGCCAGCUGCACCCAGAGAAUAGAGAGUAUCUCAUGAUUACCGCCAAGACCGGCUGGAAGCACCUGCAGCAGAUGUUUGACCUAGGUCAGGCAGUUGUAGAAAAAAUCUGGUUUGAAACUGCCAGGACCUAUGAACCCAGGAUAUCUCUGCAUGACUAGACCAAAGCUCAAUCAUUAAAACCAAAUAG